AUGCACCCUUCACUACGUCUGUGCACCGCUGGACGCGCACGCCAGCCUCUCAUUCACUUCAUCGGCAGACGACAGUGGCCUUCAACGCCUGAGGCUCCUCAUGCACACCCUGCGGCGCCGCUCGAGCAGAAGCAGUCCUUCUCAGACUUUAUGAAGAAGUUCAACGCGUCCGUGUCGUCGUCCUCUACCCCUUCGGCAGCGUCGCCAAGCACGAGCAGUCGUAAAGAGGGUGUGCAGGUCUUCCAGGAGUUCUGGCAGGCGCCUGAGAGGUUCUGGAAACACGACUUGAAGGACUGGGAGAUCGAGCUAGUCGAGGUGCGUUCUUCCUCUCUUUCGCGUUUUGCUGCUGAAGACCGAUACAACUAUAUUGGGGAAUAG